GUCUUACCUAAGUUUUACUUUGGGUCACCAAUUGUAAACAUGCUUGGUCGGCAAUUGGGCCGCACGGCCACUGCGCAGGCCCGUGGCCGCAACGUUGUGGCAAACUUGCGCCCCGUCGCCGGCAGGCGUCCAGUGGCAUUCAAAGGCGCAAGGCCUUCAGUUCGCGUGUAUGCGGGGGCGCCUGCUGCCGGGGAGGCACCAAAAGCAAUUAAGCUAGCAGACGUCAAGGAAGGAGAUGAAUACGAGGGCACAGUGACGACCGUCGAGGAGUUCGGCGCUUUCGUCGACUUCGGUGCCAGCUCGAACGGCCUUGUGCACAUCUCAAAGCUUUCGUCCGGAUUCACUAAGAACGUCAAGGACGUCGUCUCUCCGGGCCAAAAGGUCACCGUUAAGGUGCUCAGCGUCGAUGCUUCCAAGAACCGCGUUUCCCUGUCGCUGAAGAGCGCCGCUAACGCAGAGGCGCCAGCUGCUGCUGAGGAGGCGCCAGCGGCCGAGGAGGGCGGCGUCACCGCCAGCUUCCACGAGGAUGACGAGGAGGAGGGCGCAGCGGCCGAGGAGGAGGAGGUGGAGGUGGAGCUGGGCGAGGGGCAGCGGGAGGUGUACUCAGACCUGCCGGGCUUCGAGGACAUCCCCUUUGUGAUGGAGGAGGAGGAUGCGGACGAGCUGACGGACUCGGCCAUCGCUGCCAUGGAGGCGGACCUGGACUCGGUGCAGAUCCAGUACAACCUGGAGGGCCCCGCCUACCUAGAGGAGGUGCUGGGCAAGGUAUCCCGCAUCGAGGACUACGGCCUCUUCCUGGAGUUCCCCUGGAACGGCAAGACGCUCACCGGACUGCUGCCGCGCGACGAGCUCAAGGUGCCCUCCUCCGCACUGCCCGAGGAGGCGCAGGCCGCACUGCGCGCCGAGUGGGCGGACACGGAGUUCGACAUGCCGGCGUAUGUGGAGCUGCCGGAUGAUGAGCUGGACGUGAAGAAGUACUAUCAGCCGGGAGACAUGGUGCCCGCGUUUGUGCUGGAGAGCCCCGUGGUUGGCGCCAAGCUGCUGCUGACGCAGUUCACGGAUGAGGACGUGGCGGCGGAGGCGGUGGGCGCGUAUGAGGGGCUGGAGGAGGAGGAGGACGAGGAGCUGGAUCGGCUGCUAGAGGAGGCUAACGAGGAGCUGGGAGGGGAGGUGCUGGCGGCGGAGCCGGAGGCGCUGUUGGAUGAGGCGGGCGGGGAGGAGGACGCGGCGGCGGCGGCCAGGGAGGAGGGGCUGGUGGGGGGUGAGGACUACGCGGGGUACAGCAGCGAGGCGCUGGAUAACGCGGCGGGGGUGCACGAGCUGGGGGUGCUGCGGUCGGGUCUGCUGCGGGGGAAGAACGGGGCGCAGGUGGCGCCGCUGGGGCUGCCCAGCAGGCCGCUGGUCGAGCCCGUCACCUCCUCCGGCCUGGCGCUGCUGGGCACUCAGGAGCGCGACUUCGCGGGUGACGAGGUGGCGCUGGUGGACUACUGGAGCAGCGAGGAGUACGACAACAUCCCCAAGGACAUCCUGAAGCGCAUGGGACUCAAGAUGGCCUUCAACGACGUGGGCGAGGCGGAGUUCACGGAGCGGGAGGGGUACGAGGAGGACCAGGACCUGCCGCUCUACCUGUUCGAGGCGGGGGUGGACGAGCGCGCCGCCGCCUUCGUGGCGGACCUGUUGGAGGACGAGGAGGACGAGGCGGAGCUGCCGGCGCGGGCGGCACGCAGGCCGGCGGUGCUGGCGGCAGCUGUGACAAGCAUCUCCGCCUCAGAGGUGAAGGCCCUGCGCGAGAAGACGGGUGCGGGUAUGAUGGACUGCAAGAAGGCGCUGGCGGAGUGCGGAGGGGACGCGGAGGCGGCUGCCGAGUGGCUGCGCAAGAAGGGUCUGUCUGGUGCGGACAAGAAGGCGGGUCGCCUCGCAGCUGAGGGCGCCGUAGCCCGGUACAUCCACCCCGGCAGCCGUCUGGGUGUGCUGCUGGAGGUGAACUGCGAGACGGACUUUGUGGCGGCGAGUGAGAAGUUCCAGGCGCUGGUGGGCGAGCUGGGCAUGAUCAUUGCUGCCACGGACUGCAUCUGCGUCAGCCCGGAGGAUGUUCCGCCCGAGGUGCUGGCCAAGGAGCGGGAGGUGGAGAUGGGCAAGGACGACCUGGCUAGCAAGCCGGAGGCCAUCAGGGCCAAGAUCGUGGAGGGCCGUCUUGAGAAGAUCCGCAACCAAAUGGCGCUCACCAACCAGAUGACGCUGUCCGACCCUAACAAGACGGUGGCGGAGCUGGUCAAGGAAACCAUCGCGGCGGUGGGGGAGAACAUCAAGAUCCGCCGCUUCGUCAAGUACCGGCUGGGAGAGGGGCUUGAGAAGAAGUCCACCGACUUCGCCGCGGAGGUGGCGCAGCAGACGCAGGCCAAGGCGGCAGCGCCCGCCACGCCCAAGCAGGAGGAGCCCAAGAAGGAGGAGCCGAAGCAGGAGGAGGCCAAGCCCGCCGUGCAGGUCUCCGCCGGCGUGGUGAAGCAGCUCCGAGACAAGACGGGUGCGGGUAUGAUGGACUGCAAGAAGGCGCUGGCGGAGUGCGGAGGGGACAUGGACAAGGCCACGGAGUGGCUGCGCAUGAAGGGGCUUGCAUCGGCGGACAAGAAGGCGGGUCGCCUCGCAGCUGAGGGCGUGGUUGCGUCGUACAUCCACCCCGGCAGCCGUCUGGGUGUGCUGCUGGAGGUGAACUGCGAGACGGACUUUGUGGCGGCGAGUGAGAAGUUCAACCAGCUGGUCAGCUUCAUUGCGAUGGGGAUUGUGGCGGGGCAGAACGUGGCGUACGUGGCCGCGGAGGAUGUGCCUGCGGAGGUGUUUGAACGGGAGAAGCAGAUCGAGAUGGCGCGGGAGGACUUGAAGAACAAGCCCGAGGCCAUUCGCGCCAAGAUCGCGGAGGGCCGCGCCAAGAAGAUCGCCCAAGACAUGUGCCUGCUGGACCAGCCCUUCCUCACCGACUCAUCCAAGACAGUUGCUGACGCCAUCCGGGAGGCCAUUGCGGCUCUGGGCGAGAAGAUCUCGGUGCGCCGCUUCGUCAAGUUCCAGCUAGGAGAGGGGCUGGAGAAGAAGUCGAACGACUUUGCUGCUGAGGUGGCGGCUGCGACCGGCAUGAAGUGAGAGGAGAGCGCUGUUGGGGCGCGCAGCCGGCGGUUGGAGAAGGGGAGUGGGUGUUGGAAUCUGGGCAUGGGAAGAGGGAGCGUGAGAUGUGUGAGGCGAGGGUGCGUUGCGUUGGGUUUCGUUAACGGCACCCAAGGAAAGCCUCUUUGCACCCCAAGGAUGAGAUGGAAUCGUCCAGGUUUUGCGGCAGGUUAACAAGCAAUAGUUAGCGUAGAGGGUCCGUUUAUGUGGCCGCUAUAUUGGCCGCCUAAACGUGGUCUGGGUCAGGAUGUUUCACUUCAUCCUGCGCCAGCAUCAGCGGCCGAAUGUGUUCCGUACAGGGUUUUGCAAGGAUGCGGCAUGUUUGUGGUGGGCGCUGUGGCGCCCAUACGUUUUUGCAAGGGGGAGCACCGCUCCCCAGGACUUUGUUACUUCCUUUUCUUUGCUGCGAGGUCGAUGGUGCGAUUAGUGGCGAUAUCGAGAAGUCCGCGGCUUGGGAUUGUGGAGUUUGAGAGAGCAGAGAAAAUACAAAACUA